AUGUUUGCAUGCAUGUACGUAUGUAUGUCUGAACGCUAAAGCAACAAACAAACAAACAAUGUAUAUGUAAAAUAAUUAAACCAAGUAAACCCAUGGAUUAAGAUAAUAAAUCCUAAAAGUAGUGUUGCAUUUUGUGUUGGUUUAAUUGUUUUUUUGUGUUAAAAUGAUUAAAUGUGAUGAAAAUGAUUUGAAAAACAAACUAUGGUACACAAACUCAAAUGUUGUGUGAAGAAAAGCACCGUUGUUCAUACUAAGAUUUAAUCUUAGCAUUUUAUUAAGUUGUGCAGGUCGGAAGUGCCGGGGCUUUUAUUUUGUUGAGCGCUUUCUGUGUGAUUUGACGUUGAAGUGAACUUUAUUGAGGAAACCCUGCGCGCUGGGCGGCUCUCUGCGGCUCCACACAGUCCGGGGCAGAUUGAUUGUGUUCGGUUGGUGUUUUUAAAAGUUCCCUCUGCGUGUCGUUACGUCACCGUCGGAAUCUCAGUCCUGCGUGCUUGGAAAGGACCUGAGCGUUUAGAAAUGGAGCUACCAGUCGACCUUCAGCAAACAGCAGAUACCAGCAAUGCAGCUGAAACAACACGGCCUCCCACCAGGAUGACAAGACAGCAGACUCUCACCUUAAUAUCGAUGGCCUCUGUCAACUUUAGUUCAAUGAUCUGCUAUUCGAUAUUAGGCCCGUUUUUCCCCAAUGAGGCAGUAAAGAAGGGAGCCAGUCAAACGGUCAUUGGCCUCAUAUUCGGCUGCUACGCUGUCUGCAAUUUAAUUGGCUCAUUGAUCAUGGGUAAAUAUAUCGUCCAGAUUGGCGCAAAGUUCAUGCUUGUGGCCGGCCUUUUUGUGUCUUCAGGCUGCACCAUCCUGUUCGGGUUACUCGACCGUGCUCCUGCGGGAGCCGCUUUCAUAAGUAUCUGCUUUAUUGUGAGGUCCAUAGACGCCUUGGGCUUCGCUGCGGCUAUGACCUCCACUUUUGCCAUGACAGGAAAAAUAUUUCCAAACAAUGUGGCAACUGUCUUGGGUUGUUUGGAGGUUUUCACAGGACUGGGUCUUAUUCUGGGGCCACCGCUCGGAGGGUGGUUGUACCAAUCCUUUGGAUACGAAGUCCCUUUUAUGCUUCUUGGAUGUUUCCUACUAAUUAUGGUUCCUUUCAACAUAUACGUCUUGCCGAGCAUUGAAGCAGAACCCUCAAAGGAUUCCUUCCUUCCGCUCCUCAGCAAAGUGAAAAUCCUCCUGAUCUGCUAUGUGAUAUUCACUCUCAGUGCAGGUCUGGGCUUCUUGGACGCCACGUUGUCCCUGUUUGCCAUGGCGAAGUUUAAUCUCUCAGCCGGCUUCGUGGGACUCAUCUUCCUCGGCUUGUCUUUGCCAUACUGCCUGGGGUCACCGCUGAUUGGCUACAUCAGCGAUAAAUAUCCUUCCACCAGGUCUUGGUUCAUGGUGACAGGAGGUGCCGUCACAGCAUUUGGCUUCGUUAUGCUGGGCCCCGUCCCUUUUCUUCACAUCCAGGGCCAGCUGUGGUUGCAGGUCUUCAUGCUUGUUGUAAUCGGGUUUUCUCUGGGCAUGACGGUGAUCCCCACCUUCCCGGAGAUCAUCACAUGUGCAUAUGAACACGGAUAUGAUGAGGGCCUCAGCACUCUUGGAAUGGUGUCUGGACUUUUUGGAGCAUUUUGGUCGGCCGGCAUGUUUUAUGGGCCGAUAGUGGGUGGCCUUAUCACGCAAAACCUGAGCUUUGAAUGGGCAGCUGCAAUCCACGGAGGCGUGGUGUUUUUGGGUGCCUUUCUCCUUGCUGUGUACUGCCUAUGCCGACCUUUACAACCCCAAAGCGUUCCAAAAGACAGUCAACCAACAGAUGAAAACACUCCUCUCCUGACUGACUGAAGGACGCCAUGCAGAGAGAACUGUUCGCCUUCUGUUACCAAGUUACCACAGUUUAUAAAUGUUUUUGUAAAUUAUAUAUUUCUGGUGUUGCAGAGAUUGUAACGCUUUUGUAUGGGUCAUGGAAAUGUUUUAAUGUAAAAAGAAAUUAUGAAAAUAAAAUAAAAGAUUUUGAUCCUAAAAACAA